UCUGAGUGGCUGCUCUCCAGAUUGAUGAUCAUCGAGUCAUUAUAUCGCGAUUUCUCUUAUCUGCUCUUCUUCUUCUUCCUCUCAAUAUUGUGUGCGACUGAUUGAGGAGUUUGUGUGGGGGUUUUACUCUGUGUUUAUGGGCGAGUGCUUCCUCGUGUAAGAGUGAGAGAUUUGUGCGAUUUUUAUUCGUGUAUCGGCGAGGGUUCAAUGUGCGAGUGAUUGUGGUUAGGGUUUGGUGUGCGGGACUUAAAUCGGUUAGUCGAUGCUGUUCUAGAUAGAGUUUGUGCUUGUGUUUUCUUUCCACAUGUCCGAUAUAUGUUCUAAGGUUGUGCCAGGGGCUGAGCCGAACUUCUCUUUGCAGUUCUUGUGCUUUAUUUUUUGUUCGAUUCAAUACAAGAAUUUUUAAGUUUAGUUGUAUUGUUUCUUGUUAGAAUCAAGUUUUACUAUACAAAAACACAACAUUGGUAUCAGAGCUUUUGGUUAUUUUGUAAAACUUGAUUGUUCUUGUUUGUGAUCAGUCAACUUGUGUUUUUCUGUUGUGUUUUUUUUUGUAAAGGCUUUUCAUUCGAAUUGUUUUUUUGUAGUCAUCGAUCUUUAAAUUGAAAGUGUUUUUUUAAUUCUUGAUAAAAUAUCAGACUGUUCGUAUUUGGUUUGAUAAAAAAGUGAACCAGCUGUGUCUGAGAUUGAAGAAUUCUUUAUUCUUUUGACUGGAACUUCCUUUUUCUUUUAAAUCUUCACUUAAAAGUUUUUAAUCAUUAUUAGUUCUUUAAUUCUCUUAUAAUUAGUAAAAUCCUGCAGGUUUGUAAAGUUUUUUUUAAGGAUUAGAAGUAUAGUGGGUCUGUUCUUGAAAUAAAACAGUCCUCAAAAUUAAAUUAUUUUUUGACAGAAAACAAUUUUUUUUUUUAAAAUUGUUUUUUGAAAACCAAAACUAUUUUACGAAAGGCUAUUCUGGUGUCUUGAUACGAAACAUUGUAUAUUACUAAUUUUUUUAACUCUUGUUGAGUGUUGCAGGAACAAAGAAACGUGACAAAGUGAACACAAUGGUUGUUCGUUGUAUUUUUUUUUCACAAGUGUGAAAAUAUAAAGUCGGUAAAAGGCUUGAUCCUUUUUGUUUUUUUUUUUUUUUUUUGCUGGGAAGGUCACUGAUUGUGGCCUGGUCACUGAUUGUGGCAUUUUGUGUUUGCCUGUGAAUUUUUUUUUGUGUUGGGAAGAUACUGAUUGUGGUCAUUAUUGUGUUGUGUGAUUGCAGUCUUCGUUUUAAUUUUUCCUUUGCUUGAAAGUGUGCCAAAUUUUUUUUGAGAAAGUUGUUGUUCUAUGUUUAAUCUGUCCAGUGUGCAGUUUAUAAAAGUCUCUUGCCCUUUGCGUAUUUUUAUGUGCCUUAAAACACUGUGUGAGUAGUUUCUGUGAACAAGAAUUUGUGUUUGGAGUUAAAAUCUAUUUUUUUUCCCUAAAAAUUUUAAAGUGAAAAUGUCAAAUCCAUCUUUCUUAAAUCUAAUUCAAUUUGAUGGAAAAACAUAUUUUGCAAUAUGGAAACAAAAGUUGAAAGGAAUUUUAAUAACACCGAAACUGUUUAGGGCUAUAGAUGGAAAUUUUGCAGCAUUUGUAGUUGAUGAAAGAAACGCAUAGAUAGAUGAGAUGGCAUUUUCGUGUAUAAUUCUAAAUCUGUCUGAUUCAGUCAUUAGAAAAGUUGGUGAGGUCAAAACUGCAAGACAAUUGUGGGACAGAAAAAACCUGCACUGAAACUUCCCUCCUAAAUAAACUGUAUCUACUUGAAAAGUUUUUCAGUUUUAAACUUGAUUUGCAUAAAAACAUUGAUGAAAACUUGGAUGUUUUUCAAAAGCUUAUUCAAGACUUAAAACUCACCGGUGAUACUAAAAUAGAUAUAUACACUCCAGUUGUUUUAUUAAUGCCAUCCCUAAUAAUUACUCAUAUGUAAAAUCAGCAAUUAGGUAUGGUAAAGAUAAUAUAACAUUGGAUGUUGUUGUUAGUAGUCUAAAAAGUAAUGAACUAGACUUAGCUAUUAAUAAAAUCAAUAGGUCUUCAGGUGAGGUUAUGUUUACUAGGGGUAGAUCACCUUAUAGGAAGAAUAAUGCAAAUUCAAAUAAUAACAGCAAAUACCAAAAUGAUAAAAAUAAAAAGAAGUUAAGGGAAAAAUCUAGAUCUAAGUCUGAAAAUCAUGAUAGAAGAUGUUUUGCAUGUGGAGAAAAGGGGCACUAUGUUAAACAGUGUACUAAGAAAGUUGGUCCUAACAAUAAUAAUAACAGUAAAAUACAAUCCCAAGAACAUGAAAAUUUGACAUUAGAAAAUCAAUAUUUUGAUGAUGUUUUCAUAGUAAAAUAUGAUUUUUCUAAUGCAACCAGUGUUUAUAAAAGUGAAUGGCUGAUUGAUUCAGCAUGUACAUAUUAUAUGAUACCUCUGGAAAAUGUUUUUUCAAACUACAAAACCUUAAGUAACAACACUGUUUCAAUGACAAAUGAUAGAAUUUGCAAAGUAGAGGGCAUAGACACAGGUAGACUAAAGUUCUAUUCUGAUUUUGUGCUAACCUUGAAUAAUGUGAGGCAUGUGUCUGAUUUAUGUAACAACUUUCUUUCUUGUGUGGGUUUAGAAGAUAUAGGCUUAGAAGGUAAGUGGGGUAAUGGUGUUAUGAAAGUUUUUAAGGACUGUAUAGUUGUGUUUAAAGCUGAGAGGAGAAAUAAUUUGUAUGUUUUUAAGGUGGAGUCAAUUUUUUAAGUUCUAAAAAUUUUCUAAAUUCUGUUUAUGAUGAUAAAACUGUUUUGUGGCAUAAACGAUUGGCUCAUAUAAGUAACAAAGACUUAGAAAUCCUAAAUAAAAAUGGUUAUUUUGGAAAAGACAGUCUUAUCAAUACCUUUUUGUGAAGAGUGUGUGCUACGUAAGCAACAUAGACUUCAAUUCCAAACCACUCCAGCCCCUAAUGUGCAUAAGUCUUCUAGAGUGUUAGAAUACCUCAAUGUCGAUGUAUGGGGUCCUUCAAGUGAACCCAUACAUAGUGGGAAUAUAUAUUUCUUGUCAAUUAGAUAACUUUUCAAGAAAAUUUUGGGUUUUAUUGAUGAUAAACAAAUUUGAUGUGUUUGAAACUUUUAAAAAAUUGGAAAAUUUUGAAAGAAAAUCAAACAUGACAUAAUAUCAAAUUCCUAAGAACUGAUAAUGGGCUGGAGUUUUGUAACCAAUAGAUGGAUUCUUUAUGUAAUGAAUGUGGUAUCACUAGGUAUAAAACAGUCCCCUAUACACCCCAACAAAAUGGGGUGGACGAAAUGAUGAAUAUAACUCUUCUUGAAAGAGUGAGGAGUAUGUUAGCCUCCUCGGGUUUAUCCAAAACUUUUUGGGGAGAAGUUGUUACUACAACCGCUUAUAUAAUAAACUGUUCUCCUUUUGUGGCUUUAGAAGGCAAAUCUCCUCAAUCUGUUUCGCUAAGAAAACCUGUUGAUUUGUUUAAUUUGAGGUUUUUUGUUGUGCUGCUUUUAUAUUCAUUAAAUCUGAUAAACUCGAACCUAGGGCAGAAAAUGUGUUUUUUUGGGAUAUACCCAAGGUGUUAAAGGUUAUAGAUUGAAAUUAUCCAGGUUUCAAAGUUGUAAUUAGUCGUGAUGUGACUUUUAAUGAAUUAGAUAUGCUUUGUUUAAAUAAAAAUAGUCAAGUUCAAAGCCAUGAGUUAGAUGAAAGCCCUAAUAAGGUGGAUAAUAAUAAAAGUCUUGUUAGUUCUUAUGAAUUAUAAAGUACUGAAUUUGAUUUUGUGCCUGAAAGUGAACAAAUUAGUUCUGAUGUUGUUCCUGCCUGUUCUGACAUGUCUGAUAAUGGACCAAGUGGGUCCAAUUUGUGUGAUUUUAAUGUUGAACCUAGUGUAAGUGAAAGACCUAAAAGAAAUAUUAGGCCUACAUCUAAAUUAGACGAUUAUGUCUCAACUUUAUAUGCUUUUAGUGUAUUUGAUACCUUUGAUGGAAAUGAACCUAAAUCUUUUGAGGAAGCUAUGAAGUCUAAAUAUAAAAGUGAAUGGUUUCAAGCUAUGCAUGAUGAAAUGAAUUCAUUGUUAGUGAAUAGAAUAUGGAAAUUAGUCCCAAAACCUGAGCAUGGUUCUUUGAUUGAUUUUAAGUGGCUGUUCAAAGUAAAAAAAAAAUAAAGAAGAACGUGUUAGAUUUAAAGCAAGACUAGUAACAAAAGAUUUUACUCAAAAAGAAGGCAUAGAUUACAAUGUAAUUUUCUCCCCAAUUGUAAAAUUGUACUAUUGGUGUGAUGCUUGCUUUAGUAACUCAUUUUGAUUGAAAACUUAAACAACUUGAUGUGAAAACAGCUUUUCUUCAUAGUGAUUUGGAUAAACAAAUAUAUAUGAAACAACGCAAGGGCUUUGUAGACAAAAAUAAACCUGAUUUUGUUUUCUUGUUAAAUAAAUCUCUUAUGGAUUAAAGCAAUCACCUAGACAAUGGAAUUUGAAAUUUAAUGAAUGCAUAAAAUCUUUAAAUUUCGAAAUGAGUGUUUAAGAUCACUAUCUUUAUUUUAAAAUAGUUGGAAGUGUGCCUGUUUUUCUUUUGAUCUAUAUGGAUAAUGCUAAUAAGUCCAAAUCUUAAAAUAAUAGAUCAAAUUAAUACAUGCUUGAGUGAUUGUUUUGAUAUGAAAUUCUUAGGUGAUGCUAAAAUAAUAUUGGGCAUGCAUAUUAAAAAAGAUAGAACAAAUAAAAGUUUAUUUAUAAGACAGCCUGCUUAUGUUGAAAAUGUGCUGAAAUGAUUUAAUAUGUUUUAAUUCUAAAGUUGUUAAUGUUCCAUUUGCAUCUCAUUUAUGUUUUUCUAAGAAUCAGCCCCCUAAAACAGAUUCUGAUCAUGCUUUUAUGACUAAUGUCCCAUAUUCAAAUGUAAUAGGUUCAAUGAUGUAUCUUAUGGUUUCUAAUAGACCUGAUAUAGCAUAUGUUGUGAGUUGUUUGAGUAGAUUUAUGGCUAAUCCUGGGCAGGAAAAUUGGGUUACAUUAAAAUGGCUUUCACAUUACUUAUGUGGAUUCUAAGUAUGCCAAUGACAGGGAUAGUAGAAAAUCAACUACAUCUUAUGUGUUUACAUUGUGUGGUUCUUGUGAGUUGAAAAAUAUAGUUGCGCUGUCGACUACCGAAUCUGAAUACAUUGCUGUGACAGAGGCAAUUAAAAAAGUCUUAUGGCUCAAAGGCUUGCUGACAGAAAUCAAAUACUUGAAAGGUGAGGUACAUGUAAUUUUUGACAGUCAAUCAGGUAUUCAAUUAUACAAAAACCCCAUUUUUCACGAUAGAACCAAACAUAUUAAUGUUAUAUUCCAUUUUAUUCAAGAUAUAGUUGCAAAAGGUUUUAUAAAACUUGAAAAAAUACCUUCACAAUUUACCCCCGCUCAUAUGGGGACAAAGCCUUUGCCUGUUUCGAAAUUUGAUUCAUGUUUAAGAAUUUUAAAUUUUGAUCCUAGUUAGUUGUUUACUGCUUUCUAGUAUGUUGUUUCUUGUAUUUGGUUUUUGAGUAAAUACUAAUUUUGUGUUCUAGCACAAGUCGCUAUGAUGAUUCUCUAGGUGCCCCACAUUUUAUCAUGCCUAAAAAGGUGGAGAGUUUGUUGGAUUUUGGCCUAUGAUUUGUAAUGAGGCCUUUGUAUAUUAAAGCCCAAUCGUGAGAAGUCGUGGUCCAGUUCUUUGGCCGAGCCCAUUAACCGAUUUAAGUGUUGAAGAUUUAAUCUGAGUGGUUGCUCUCUGCUCUUCGUCUUCUUCCUCUCAAUACUGUGUGCGAUCGAUUGAGAAGUUUGUGUGGGGGUUUUACUCCAUGUCAGUGGGUGAGUGUUUCCUCGUGCAAGAGUGAAAGAUUUGUGCCAUUUUCAUUUGUGUAUCGACGAGGGUUCACUAUUCGAGUGAUUGUGGUUAGGGUUUGGUGUGCGGGACUUAAAUCGGUUAGUCGAGGCUGUUCUAGGUAGAGCUGGUGCCUGUGUUUCCUAUCAACACGCUCGAUAUAUAUUCUAGUGAUAUUGAAUUACAUUGGUAGAACACAUUAAGUGCGAUAUUCUUGAAUUAACUAGUGAUAUAACUAUAAAUUUGGAAGAAGAGAAUUCUUCUUUAUUUAAGCUGGAUGGACAUUGAUUAUGCUAUUCGGAAAGACGAACCAUCGGGUAUUACUGAAACUAGCGAGUCAGAUAUGGUAGAUCUUUAUGAACGAUGAGAGAGAUCUAAAUGUCUUUCCAUGAUGCUCAGAAAAACCAAGAUAUCUGCUAGUAUCAGUGUGUAUGUCGAUUAGCACACUAAUGUCAUAGAGCUUUGGAAGGCCAUUAACGAACAAUUCGUCAAGUUCGAUAAGGCUCUCUCUAGUACAUUGAUUAUUCAGUUCUCCACCGUGAAGCUUACGGGUGUGAGGGGUGUGCAUGAACACAUAAUGCGUAUGUGGGACAUUGCGGCACCGGUGAAAACCUUAGAGGUGACCAUGUCUAAGUCUUUUCUUGUCCACUAUAUUUUGUGCACCUUUCCUCAUCAAUACGGUCCAUUCAAGAUAUCCUACAAUACACACAAGGAUAAAUGCUCCAUCUACUAGUUGAUGACCAUGUGUGUCUAAGAGAAUGAGAGCAUGUUGAUGGAGAAGUGAGAAAGUGAACAGGAUGGUUCAGGGCAAGAAAAGAAAAAGCACGAUGCUAAGGAUCAGAGACCUGGGCCUUCCGAGCGAGUCAUAAAGAAUAAGUCAUACGUGUUUUUAUGUAAAAAGAAAAGGCACUUUAAGAAAGACUGUGUUAAGUUUAAGAAUUGGCUCGAAAAGAAAGAUAUUCCUUCUACAUUUGUCUGUUAUGAAACUAAUAUGGUUAAUAAUAAUUAUAACACAUAGUGAGUUGAUUCUGGUUCUACAAUCUAUAUUUCUAAUACCUUGCAGGGUAUGGAAAGCCUAAGAAAAUUAAUGGGAAGUGAACAGUUCAUCUAUUCGGGCAGUCAGAUGCAUUUACCUAUGGAAGCCAUUGGGACGUGCAAUUUAGUAUUGGGCAUCUGAAGAAUGGCGGCCAUAGCGUUGCUGGAUAUGGUGAGGAGAAAUCCGCACUUCGGUGCGCAAGCCUUCAAUUCGAGAAGCCUGUUUACCACCAAACUCGGCGGAGCUUCCACCGCCGCUGCUUCUUUCGCAUUCGCGACUCCUUUCGCCUUCGGUGCUCUGUUUGGAAAUGGCCUCACACGAGUUGCGUAUUGUGAUGUGGGUGCAACUCUGGAUGAAGAUUACAUUUCAAGCAUACGCUAUGCUUCUGGAAAGAUAUUUGAUAGCAAUGUGCUGAACUACAGUCCCAAGCAGUAUAAUAUUGAGUUGAAACCACUAUUCUCAGCAUUUCAUUGGAAAACUUUAGCACUGACCUCUCUGAGGUCUUUCCUGUUGUUCUAUUUGCCUCUUGUGGAGCCCCAAACGGCUGUGGAAGAUGCUGAUGAUGAAGAUUUUCUACAGGAAAAUCCUGAAGAAAAACGUUUGGAUUUGAUUGUUCCUUUCAAAAAAUCGGUUAAGCAAAUAGUUCGUGAGACAAGUGUAGUUACUACGAGGCGAGUACUUGAAAGACUUGCAGUUCACUAUGUUUCCCAGCGCAUGGCCUGGAAGCUUCUCAAAGAUGUACCAAGAUCAGCCACUCGAAAGGCUGCCAGAGGAAUGCCAACUACAACAUACGUUUUUUGCGUGAGCAGAACCACUUUCAGAGGACAUUUCCUCGGAGUUUUAGCAUCAUGGAUAGUCCAAGUAGGCAUUGACAUUUAUCGAUUCCUGAGGUCAAUAUCCAAGCCCAAGGAAGAAGGCGAAGCUCCUGUCGACACUUCAGAACAAGCUCGAGUUCUUGGAAAGAAGGUUUGUGGCACCACGGUGAGGUGUGGCGCUUCGCUUAUUUUUGCAUCUGUUGUAGCUGGGAUUGGAGCAACAUUUAUUCGACCAUCGGCUGGGCAAUGGAUCGGUUGUGCAGUCGGGGAUCUUUCAGGGCCCAUUAUCGUCGCCUUGUGUUUUGAGAAACUGCAGGUUGAGCUGUAGUAACUAAACAGAGACGGUCGACAGAGUAACACAACACACAUAUAUAUAUAUAUAUCUGAAUGGUACGGUACGUUUCGACUACUCUUUGAAUUGAUCAUAGCAUUUUUGGACUUGUGAUGCUUCUAUUGUAUUCCAUUUCUAAACAUAAAUAGGAAAAA